CCAGACACUCGACUGUCUCCGAAAACUCCGAGCAGUGUUUUCUAGUGUCCAAGCAAGUGAAAACAAAAAUGAGCAAUAUAACAACAUAGGUUGACUUGUGGGACAGAUUCCAUUGUUGAUCACCAUGGGCAUUAGCACUGUUCUUCUGCUGGUGUUGCUGGGUACAGGUGUUGGUGCCAUAAAGCCCACAAAGCCACAUUCUGUGAAACCCAUUCCACCAAGAGAAAGUGCUGACCCGUCUGAAGGAAAACGAAUUGAAAGAGACGGUAACUGCUUUUACCGAUCUCUGUCCCUCUAUAGGUAUCACAGCCAGGAGAAUUACAGAUUUGUGCGUCAGGAAAUCAUGAACUUCAUGUCGAAUCGAGAGGAUCGAUAUGCAGGUUUGAUUGAUAGAAAUCAGGAUUAUGCUGGAUAUAUUAGGAAUCAUAGGCAAGAUUGUGUCUGGGCAGAAGAUGCCAUGGUUCAAGCUGCGGCAGACUUAUACGGAAUAAACAUAUUUGUGUCAUAUUAUGGCAUGAAUGGAGAAAUGUCACAGCCUUUACAGGUUAUAAGAGCCAGAUCAGAACAAAAUUCCCCGAUGUGGCUUCAUUUGCGGUUACAAGGGAGUCAUUAUGAUAUUAUUAAUGAUGACUCUAAAGAAGGUGCUUUAGAACCAGUCUGUAAAUUUGACCUGCUUUCUAUCCAAGACCCAAAGGAAAUUGAGGCAUUAAAAAUGUUUGGCUAA